UAUUGUAUCACAAAAUAAUGUCUAAAAGGCUAACGAUUUCUAAGUUUAAUCCAUUUAAUACAAAUGACAACCCUUAAUUAGAUAGAGUUGAAACUUAUAAGACUUUUUAUAAAAAAAGAUUUAGAAAGCUCUAAGCAGAAGAGAGUCCUAAUUAAAAAAUUAUUCCACAAAGUAUUCUUUUGAAAUCUGGUUAAAUUCCAUUUAAAAGAUCCUUUUAAAAACCAAAAGAAGAUGUAAUUGAUAUUAAAAAAUUGUAAUUGUAUGUUUUAAGAAUUAGUCAGAUAUGUGAAUUAUGGAGUUAUAAAUAUAAUCAUGUAGUAUAGAAGGUUUCUAAACUUAAUAAUGUGAGUGAAAUCUUAGAAAUACAAAGAUAAGAAUAAAGAAAAUCAUAAAAAUUAAAAACUCAAAUUUCGUACAUUCAUAAUUCAUUAUUUUAGUUCCGAUUAAAUUCCUUCUAAUUCCAUUGUAUUUUCUGAGAAAAGAAAACUUAAAACUACAAUGUCAGAUUACACUUUGCCAAAAAUAGAACCAUUAUCUUCCUUUUAAAAGUAAGAAAAACAAAGCUUUUAAUUUUAAGUCCAAUAUCCCCAGAGAAAAUAGUAACUAGUUCUUAAAAUUCCAAAAAUAAAUCUAUUUCUGACUUUAAAGGCAAACUUAGAUAAUUAAUUGAAAUAUGUGACAAUGCUUAAUUAUUUAGUCCAAAUAAAUUUAGUAAAAUUUGA